AUGGCAAGUAAACCCCAAGAUCUUGAGGAGGAUGAGGAGGAAGAGGCACCAGAGUCAAAAGAGGCAGAUUUCAACACUCCACAUUCAGAGAGCACCUAUGGAACUGAAAGCCCAGAGGCAUGUGGGGGUGGCCAUCCCACUCCUGAAGAUGAAAACAUGACACAUUGUCACUCAGUGAAAAGUGAACAACUUGAUCCCCAGCAUCUGGUUACCUGCACGUUCUCAGUAUCACUGGCUGUCCCACUCGUACUUCCAACAAAUAAACCUUGGACUAGACAUGACAUUCAAUCAACAAUGUCUAAAGUAAGAGAAGGAUCUAUUCCAAAAAUGCAUCGUUUUUAUCAUAUGGAGUAUUUUCUUCUACCAGAUGAUAUUGAUCCUCGGAAAUUAGAUUUGGUAUUAUUUGGUCCAUUGGCUAAACUAUAUCUGGAAACUGAAUCUAAGGUUGUGAAACCGUGGCUUGAAAAUAACCAAAUAUGGGUGUCAUGGAAUCAUAGCAUUGAAAUUAAUGUUACCAACGACUUUCUAAUAAAGCUAAGAGAUCACAAUAUAAAGUUGAGAUUAUGGGAUGUCAAGGAAAAGGUUUGUGCAAAAGCCAGGUUCAGUAAACAAAAGAGUAAUGUACCAUAUUCGGAUCAAGGAGAUAUUGAAGGUGCGGUAAAGCGUACGGUUUUGUAUCAAAGAGACUUCUUAGAACGAAGUAUGCCCAAACCCAGCUACACAAAAGUUAGAGCAGCAGAAGUAGUCAGUGUGCGAGAGAAGUCAGCAGUCAGCAUUUCACCAGGCCCUCCUAUUUCAUCUGCAAGCAAGCUCCGGGAAGACAAAAGGAAAUCUAUUGAUCAAAAAACCUCUCGUAGAACUAGUGCUCCCCAGUCUCCCACAAAAGCUGAAGACCUUAGCUGUUCACUGAGUGCAAUCAGUAUUUCUGGGAGUAUACCCUCUUCGCUUAAAGAAAAAACGAUACAGGAGGCCAAAAUUAUAAAGCAGAAACACUAUCAGAAGCCUUCUGAUAAAACGCCAAACACAAUGAAGUCCGAUUUGAAGAAAUUAUCAAAUAUUUUGGAGAACGAGGAAUCUUUAGGUGGAGUUAUGCUACAGUUAACGGGAAAGAAGAAAAUUCCUCAAAAAAGUGUUCCCUCUAAAGUAGAAAAAAAACAGACACCAAGCCCACGCAAACUGUCUGCUAAAGAAGCUAAUGCGUUAUUAGUACAGGCGAGAAAGUUCGGAAUAGCAUCUUUACAGCUGAACUUGAUGCCCCUCCUGUCAGGAGAACAUUAUGUGGUCAGUCGACUGGGAGAGAAAUCCCUUAAACUUUACGAUGCAUACCUAAGCUUUUCUGUUGAUGAACCUCUCAUGAGUGAGAAACAAAAACGGGAAUUAAACCCACUGAUUAUUAGGAUUAAAUCUGCAAGAAGCUUACCAGCCACACCUGUUCCAAUUGAAGUGCUGCAGAGUUCAUGUGUUCCUGUUUACUGCAAAUACAAAUUUCAGAAUAUGUCUCCCCAUCAAACACAAGGACGAGACCAUGGGACUGAAGUCUUCUUUGAGGAUACCAAUGUGAUUCUCGCAGGAAUAAUCAAGCCUGGAGAAUUGAGUGAAUAUCUCAGAGGGCCACCAAUGGAAGUUGAAGUUCAUGACCGGGACAAGAAAAAGGAAGAGAUCAAGAUAAAGCCUUCUUUGUUUGGAGAGGAGCCAGGGGACAACAAGCUAAGUCAUUUGAGUGCUGUCACUUCUAGAUACAUGCUCCAGAAUCCCAUUAACAUGGAGGAAAUGUGGCAUCCCUAUGGAGUGGCUAAAAUCAGCCUGGCCAAUUUGUUGCUUGGUGAAAAGACCUUGAAUUUAUCUGUACCAAUUCAUAACUGCUCAGUUCAAGACACAGUUGUCUCUCAGGGGGAAAACAUCACUCAGAAGGCUAGGGGAGCUGAUGGCUCUCAAAUUGUUCAGCUACCAAUGGGACAUUAUGUAAACUCCGAGUCCUGUCUUAAGGUGAGAGUUGAAAUAAGUGUGCCAUUAGGUCCUCCAGAUGAAUUGGAUGACUCCGAAACCACUCAUAGCCCCUAUGGCUGCAUCAUCUAUAUUUUUGACUAUAAGAAUACAUCACUCUGGAGUUAUUUGCUGCGAGAGAUUACAGAAAUUAAUGCGGAAGCUCUUUCCCUUGAUUCUUAUCCCCUACAUAUAAUUCAGAAAUCUCUUAAUACUUUAAAACUGAACCACAAGCUUACUGCAGAGGAGAUUGCUCAGCUGGACAUUAUUACUGGAUUUCACAUACUGGAUGGAUCCAUUCACCUCCUUAUUUUGGAAGGCUUAAAGAACAAAGCACUUAAGAGGAUGUUCAAUAAAAGAAUAGAUAGGAUACAUGAAACUAAAACUGGAAGAUUACAAAUAUUCUAUAACUCACAUCUGUCUUUUCAUCAGCGCCUGUAUGUAGACCUUGAAGCUGUCAUUUUUCAUAUCCGUCUCUGCAAGCCACUCUCUAGUAUCAUGAAGCAGCCUUUGCUCUAUAUCAGGGACAUGGUUCCCCAGCCAUGUUUCGAAGCUCUGACCAGGCUUGAUUACAUUUGCUGCAGUAAGAAGUUGAGGGAUGUGGUCCAUUACAAUCUCUUGCCCUCUGCAGAAAUGAUCACAACGUUGAGUCAAGAGUUUGGGGUUCCCUUGACUAAAGAUGACCUGUUUAUUCAGGAACAGCCAGAGAUCUCAGAGGCAUAUGAUACACCAACCGAGUAUUUUCCCAUGAAACGAUAUAAACAUUGCCAAAUUGAUAAUUACAAUGAUGAAUACAUAGUGAGAAAAAGGGAAAUGGAACUCCAGAUACCAGAAGACUACAUCCAGUCUAAUAUUGAGAAUGUAAAACUGCUUAACAAGAUGGUGAAAAGGGAAGUCCCGAGAACCAUCAGGGCUUUCCCUUCUGAUGGCAAGUCCAUCUUUAACUACAGUAUUCAGACCUUGAAUUCUGCGGAAAUUGCAAAGAAGCUACUUCGUCAGGAGAUGGCACAGGUGCCAGACAAGAGGUUUGCUUAUUGUGAUGAAUAUCUGUCAGGCAUGUUUGACCCAGUGGAUGAGGACAGGGCACUGAAGGAAUCCACUGAGCAAUCAAAGAAGUUGUGGCUGUCACCAGAAGGGUUUGCAUAUCCUGGAUUUAAGAGCAGCAUAGAAUGCAACAUGCAUCCUCGUAUGCCUGAUGAAGCUCGACUAAUAGAGCUACAAGAGAAAUGGCAGGAGAACUUUCUACAUGCUACCAGCAUGAAGCCAGUGCUUGACCGGGACUCGUGGCGGGGGGACAAGCAGAAGGUUGAUUUUCAGCUUUACAAAAAACCGCCGUGCGUCUUCGUAGCCCAUGACAUGUAUAGAGAAGGUACGUACUACCAUCCGUGCUCUUCCAGGGUAGUUCUAGAUAAUGGAGAAGUGGUGCAAAUCAGGUAUAAGACUAAGGGAAAUGUGUAUUGGUCAGAGCUACUUGGCCUGGGUUACUUGUUUUAA